CCAAGAUGGCGGCCGCGCUGACGCAUCGUUCCUAUGGACAGCAGCGUCAGAGGCGACAUCUAGUCAGUAUAUAUAUCUAUGGUUGUCAGGACGGGACAGACAGUAGUGAUGGUGAGCGUCGUGCAGUGUUUGACGUCGAAGCUGCUGUCGCCGCUGUGGCGCCGAGCGCAGGAGGAAGAGCAGCGGGAGGAUCCGCGCUUUGACGGUGUGCCGCAGAUCCGGCAGGUGCAGACGGGCGUCGUGACGCAUCUGUGCGCGGAUUAUGGCCUCAUCGAUCACGCCGUGUAUUUCACAUCGGGAGUGGUGUUAGGAGGAGUCGUGCUGUGUGUCGGAGACUCGGUCCAGGCUCUGGCGGUGCGGGAACGAGCUCACGGACAGUGGAGGGCGCUCAGGGUGGAGCGACACAAGGACGGAUGGGAGAAUGGCGGAUCAGAGGCGCUCAUGCCGGACGCUAACAAACUCAGGCCUCUGAUUGGAACAGUGACGUCAUGUGAUCGAGAUGGAGGAUACAUCAACCAGACCACGUAUUUCCCACGGUCGGCUCUGUGUGAAGGGUUUGAGCCGGUGAAAGGCGACUGGGUUCUGGCGCAGUACGUCGUCUGCCCCGCAGAAUGGAGCAGUCAGGCUCGAGCCGUUUCUCCACUGCGUUACCAUCGCAUGGACGGGGUGAGCGUGACCAUUCUGCACGGCCGCAGCGGUGUUGUGGAGGACAGCGUGUUCUUCAGUCUGGACUCUCUGAUCGUGCCGCCGGGCUUCAGACCUGCUCGCGGUGAUGUGGUGAAUGUGGUGGUGGUGGAGAGCAGUCAGUCUCUGUACUGCUGGAGAGCUCUGUGUAUGACGCCCGUCCAGCACAGUGGAAACGCCUCAGAGGUGAAUAUGCCAGAUGAUGAGCUGCAGAUGCUGGAGAAUAAAGGUGGGCUCCUGGUGAGCCAGGAAAGCCACUUUGGGUCUCUAUUAAUGGGAAACAGCAAGGAGCUUCAGAUCUGGAUCCAAAACACCGGCUCUGAGCGGCAGCGGCUGACCUGCUGUGAGUUUGCAGGAUGGGACUCGGCUCAGCAGUUCUGCCUCAGAUCCACAUCUCAGAACAACAGCAAACCUCCAGGAGGCCCAGCGGAGGACGGGACAGACGGGGAGGCAGAGGAUGGUGCGGAUGAAGAUUCAGUGCGGAUUCUGGAGAUAAACCUGGAGAUGGAGCCCGGAGGGAGAGCGUCUGUGCCCGUCAGCUGUCAGGCCAAGACUCUGGGUCGCUCCGCUGAGCUGCUGCUCCUGCACUUCUCCUCCUUCACCAUCGGGAGGCGUCUGGAGGUGUCUGUGAGCAGCGCGGAGGAGAGUCUGCUCAAACCCAGCGUCCCGUACUCUGGUCUAACGGCACUGCCGCCGCAGCACCAACAGCCCGUGCAGGUGCUCACGGUCACGGCCCCGCCGGCCCCCAUCAGGCUCGCGCGGCGGCAUCUUCCAAACUUCUUGGGGAACUACGGGGUGCCGCAGGCUCUCAGAGAUUGUGUUGAAGGUCAGAAGGAUGUGCUGGUUGUCCGGCCGGCUCUGGCAGAGCCCCUGAGUCUGUCGUCGAUGCUGCCGCGUUUCUCAGCGCUGCUGUGGUUGGAGGAGCUGCAGGCCGAGAGGGAGAUCAGAGAGUUCAGCCUCACCGGCGCCAUCCUCAGGAAGGGAGCCGUGUCUCUACACCUGGAGGUGCCGGGACUCGCUGAGGGUCGGCCGAACCUCUUCAUCGGUGAUAAAGUUGUUCUGAAGAAGCCCUGUAGUGGAGGAACUGUUAUUGAGUACAUCUCUUAUGUCACAGAGAUCACCGACGAGGACGUGAGUUUACGUGUGAACGCUGAUUUUCAGAAUAACUAUCUGGGAGAACCUCUGGACGUGGAGUUCACCUUCAACAGGUUGACCAUGAGGAGGUGCCACUGUGCUUUGGAGCAGAUCAAACAUUUUGGAGACAACAUUUUGUUUCCCAGCGUGCUCACGCUGCAGCCGCCACAGUGGAACGGAGAGUGGAGUCCACAGGAAGAGGAUCGACGUCUCUCAGAGGAGGAGAACGACGCAAGCCAGAAAACAGACGGCUCAUCAGCGCUGACUGCAGAGAUGGUGUCUGUGGCCACACAAACUAAAACAGAUUUGUCAAUGACGGCAAAACGCAUCCCAAACCCUGGACAGUUUUUCAACGUCCAGCUGAAUCCUGCUCAGAAACAGGCCGUCAAGCGGAUCCUGAGUGGAGAAUGUCGUCCCACACCCUACAUCCUGUUUGGGCCUCCUGGAACCGGCAAAACCAUCACACUCAUAGAGGCCAUUCUGCAGGUGCAUCAUCACAUCCCCUGCAGUCGUGUGCUGGUCUGCACGCCCUCCAACAGCGCUGCUGACCUCGUCUGCAUGCGUCUGCACCAGAGCGGAUUCCUGCACGCUGCCAGUCUGGCUCGAGUCAACGCCACCUGCAGGCCAGAAGAGUGUAUGCCGGAGGAGUUGCGUCAGUACGCGAGAGCUGGAGAAGACAUUCGACACGCCAGUUUUCAUCGUAUCGUCGUUUCCACUUGUUCCAGUGCUGGAAUGUUCUAUCAGAUCGGUCUGCGUGUUGGUCAUUUUACUCAUGUGUUUGUGGAUGAGGCCGGUCAGGCCACUGAACCCGAGUCUCUGAUCCCUCUCAGUUUACUGUCUGAGACCAGUGGACAGAUUGUUCUGGCGGGUGAUCCGAAGCAGCUGGGGCCGGUGAUCAAGUCGAAACUGGCUGCUGUGUUUGGACUGGGAGUUUCUCUUCUGGAGAGGCUGAUGGGAACGCAGCUCUACAGCGGCAGCGAGAGAGGAUACAACCCCCUACUGGUGACUAAGCUGGUCUAUAACUACCGAUCCCACGAGGCAUUGCUGGAGUUGCCGUCGCGUCUGUUUUACGCCGGUGAGCUGUGUGUUCGCUCUCAGAGGGCGGUGGUGGACGCUCUCUGCCACUGGAACAGACUUCCAACUAAGGGCUUCCCUUUCAUAUUUCAUGGCGUUCGGGGGACUGAGAUGAGAGAGGGCAGUAAUCCAUCGUGGUUUAAUCCUGCUGAAGCCGUGCAAGUCAUGAUGUACUGCUGCCAGCUCGCUAAGAGACUCUACAACCCCAUACCGGCGACAGAUAUCGGCAUCAUCGCCCCCUAUAAAAAACAGGUGGAGAAGAUCCGUCUGCUGCUCCACAGGGUGGGUCUGGGAGAGGUCAAGGUGGGAUCUGUGGAGGAGUUCCAGGGUCAGGAGUUCCUCAUCAUCAUCAUAUCAACGGUCCGUUCCAAUGAGUCCUUGUUGAACGAAGAACUGCAGAGCAUGCUGGGAUUCCUCUCCAACCCAAAGCGUUUCAACGUUGCCAUCACACGAGCCAAAGCGCUGCUCAUUGUGAUCGGAAACCCACACGUGUUAAUCAAGGACCCGUGUUUCAGUGCUCUGCUGCAGUACUCGCACGAUAACAGAGCGUUCGUGGGCUGUGAUCCUCCAGUCAGUCUGCAGGCCUCGCGAAGGAUUCUCUCAGAAGAAACCUAGAAAUCUCUUGGACCAGCAGUGUGUUGUGAUGAUUAUACCAUGAUUGUUUUGUGUUAAAUAAAUAAUAAUUCUAUCAUCUAGA